CAUAGUUGAGUUAUUAUGAAUGCGGGAGAGGGAUCGUUGGGAACGCUGGACCUUCACCAGGGAAACCUGUUGAUCCUUUCUCUGGACAAGGGGUUCUGGCCUACCUGGAGAUCAAAUUGACAGUCUAGUGUCACUGCCUACUAUACUGAACCAGAUUCCACUUCCAGUGCUGAUUAAUUCUGCUUUUCUUAAACUGGCGGAUUUGUUCCGAGCUGCGAACAAUACAGUGCGAGCAUACGUCGUGAAUGUAUGUGAGAAGUUCAUCCUUGAAGACUUUGCGGCCAAGAUAAUCAACAAGGCAGACUAUCUCACUAAGAUAGAAUCUGUGAUGCACAGCAAUGAUCCAGUGGCACGGUCUCUUACUCUCAGACAACUGGGUGUGUUCAGUUCGAUUGGGAGGGAGAAAGUGAGCUGCCACCAUUUUGUGAGGAAUGCACUGGACUCCAAUGAUCAGGUGGAGGUUGAGGCUGCUCUCUUUGCCGCCAAGCAGUACGCUACAACUUCGCCUAUGUUCUCACAAAUGAUACUCACUAAGGUUCAAGCUCUUCUAGACAGCGUGACAUGUUGUCCUGACCACGUGACUUCUCUCAUUACCAUCCUGGGAAGCUGUGGACACUGUCUGCAAUCUAGUUGUAAAGUGAUUCAAGUUGUGUUGAGUUAUGGAAACACAUUCAACACCACUCCACACUUGGUCCAUAUUCUGCAUACAGCAACUAGAACUGCAAUACGCAACAGAGUGAUGUGCAAAGAGGUGAUUGAUGAAUUGCUGGACUACCUGACCAUCCACACAGACAGAGUGGAGAUACAAGAGACUUGUCUGGAAUGUCUCCUCCAACUGGCACAGAGGGUGUCCCACGCAUGGACCAACACACAGUCUAACCAUUUGCUCAAAUUUUGCAUCGACCAAAAGAAUAACGAGAAACUCUUCGGCCAGAGUGUGCGAGUGGCUUCUUAUUUACCUGUGUCCAGUGUGUUUGGAUCUCCAGAAGCAGCACCUGAUGAUUCAAUGGACACUGGAACUGGGAGUGAGAGUUCGAAGGAGUUGGUGAAGGCAGUGAUGGAGAUUUGCGAAGAGUACUGUUUCACUAAAGAGGGAUACAGUGUUGUACAUGCACUCAAUCUAUACGCAAAAUUUGCCGAGUUCGAUGACUUCAUUCCUGUAUUCGAGUACACUCUUGGGAACUCUCUUCAAAACGGAUCUCAAAACAGCGAAGCAUUCAUAUGCAGUUGUCUCGAUGUCCUUUCUCAAAUCUUAGAUUCUGCCAAUUUAUGCUCCAUUUCGAUAUAUCGCAGCCUUACCAAAGCGCUAACGACACAGAUAGUCGACAGUUCCUCAAACUCUGCGAAUAGUUUUGAGUUGUUAUCUUUCAAAUCUUAUAAAUGUCUGAUGUUAUGGUUGGAAAGGUUUAUCGAUGAAUGUCGAAAGUUAUAUGAGCGAAAUCAUUCAAAUGAAAAACUUGUCACAACUUUGAAGAAAAACGUCAGUGAAAUUACAAGUUCGCUUAAAAAUGUAAAUGUGUCUAAUCUUCCUGAAGGUUUGCUGCCAACGUUAGUAGCCGUAUAUUUUUCCUCCAGUUUCUUUCAUCAAAAUCAAACAAAUCAAAGUCAAUGGAUUGAAGCGAUCAUUUCAAAAUGCACAAAUAAUUGGGUUCUAUACAAAGUUUCUCGAAAUUUGAUGCGCUAUGGCCAGUAUGAAAGUGCGCACGAGCUGAUUUCAAAUAUUCUUGGUGAGUCGCGGUCAUCGAAAUCAAUUUCAUGGAUGAAGGUUUUGAAUUUUCUUUGCAUUGCGGAGAAAGAACUUCCGAAUUCAGAAGAUCGAGACUUUGAACUUGUUUUGAAAAACUACCACAUGGCUCUUCGGUUGCUCUCGUCUUUUCAAACAAAAAUGGCCAAUCAGGAGUUCCAGCGGACAUUUUUGAGGCUCCGGUUUGAGUUCCUUGAUGUCUGUGAUCAAGUUUUGAGCUGGGUGACGAUGGCGAGGAUGUUCCAGUUUGACGAUGCUUCUGAAUAUCAGAACAACACACUGGGUGCCUUGUCUCAAUCCCUACACCACCAGUGGAGCCAACUGAAGAAGGUUUCACUCUCCUACGAGGAGCUACAGAGAUCCAUCAUAGACUCAGACCACUCUACUAGAGUACUCCUCUCAGAACUGCAGACUCAGUGUCGUCUCCUAUCUAUGAGCAUGCAUGCACUGUUUCUACAUGGAGUGGCGUCUUCCAUUAGAUUGCCAGAAGAUCACGAGAUAGCGGAGAAGAAAAUACUGGAAGCGAAGAUAUGUGAACGAGUUAUCAAGUCAAAGAGUCAGAACUCGUGGCACAGACUGGACUGUCUGUUUGAGGUGACAGAGUGGGUGUUGCAGACUCCCCUCCGACUGCCCCGCUUCUUCCUCCAGUGUCUCAGGAGCACAUCAGUCCAACUCAUCACAUCCAUCACUCAGUCACUCUCAGGAGAGGCGACGACCGUGUUCGCUGGCGACAAUUUGACCUUCAAGACUGAGGGGGUGGUGUCGCAGGUGAUGUCUAGAGAUAAAGACAACGGGGACAACAGGAAGAGGGCAACACAAUUGACUGUGAAGAGAUGCAAAGUCAUCUACCAAGUCAAAUUAUUGCAGGCAGCCAGUAGUCGCAGUGUGGCGGUGUCCAAAAUUGGCUUCUGGAGUAGUGUUGGUGACUCACUCAUGGCUCCCAGUGACAUCACAGACACUGUGCGGGUGGACAGGAAGGGAUACUUCCUCAGUACUGUUCUCAUCAAACCACCUCUACCUGGAAAGUAUCAGGUACAGCUAACUCUGAAGUUAAUGGAGGGUGAUUCUGACAUAGAGUGGAACUACAAUCUAGUAGAGACUGUGCUCCUCAAGGCCAUCGAUAAGAAUAUCAGAUGAAACCUUUCGAAGAUGAGAGUUGAAAUUGGACCAGAAGAGAACAGAAAUCUGUAGGGUCAACAAGACUUGGAAAUAGAGAUAGAAAACAAUCAAAAUUAAUGAAAUAUGAAGCUGUUUUCCCACAACAUCGUCCCCAAAACAUAUUCAAUGCAGAAUUUAAUUGCUUUUUUGAAGUAUAGUUUGGUUCAGUUGUUAUGAAAUGAAAUUUGUUUUAGCUAAUGAUUGUGUUAAAAUAUCUAUCCAAUUA